CAGUAACACAGCCCCGCCCCGUGCAGCCUGUGACAGCCGCAGGAGCACCCCGAUAAUCCGAGUCCCUGUAUAAACCGGCCGCUUCCAUCGCAGCGGAAUGCGGUUACCAGGGCUCUCGCCUGCGCAUGCACGGGGCUGCUGGGGUACACUGGUGAAGGUCGCCCUCGGCGUUACAACGAGACCUUCGCUUUUCACACACCGUAAGAACCAUGGAGGAACGGUGACCUUGUCCUAUGACCUCUAUGAGGGACGGACACCUGAUCCUCCUCUUGUCUUACUUCAUGGAUUGUUUGGGAGCAAGUCAAACUUCCAGUCCAUCGCUCGAGCCUUGGUUCGCAGGACAGGCAGAAAGGUGUUGACGAUAGAUGCCCGUAACCAUGGCAGCAGUCCUCAUUGCGACGUUAUCACCUACAGUGAGAUGAGCGCUGAUGUGUGCCGGCUACUGCAACAACUACAGAUCCCUAGUUGUGUCUUAAUUGGUCACAGCAUGGGUGGCAAGACUGCCAUGACCUUGGCACUGCAAAAACCUCAUCUGGUGGAGCGCUUGGUAUCUGUGGACAUAAGUCCUUCUCCAGCAGUCCCCCAAACAGGAUUCCCACGAUAUAUCAAAGCUAUGCAAUGUGUACAGUUGGAAGGAAAGAUGCCCAGAUCAGCAGCCAGAAGACUGGCAGAGGAGCAGCUCAGAGCCACAGUGCAGGAACCAUCAGUACGACAGUUUCUGCUGACUAACUUGGUACAAGAGAAUGACCAUUUUAAGUGGAGAGUGAAUCUAGAGGCUAUCGCAAACCAUCUACCUGAUCUGCUCGACUUCCCAGAGUUUCAUACAACAUAUCCUGGGCCUGCCCUGUUCCUGGGCGGGGCAAAUUCUCCAUACAUCAGUUCAGAAAAUUAUCCUGAUAUAGAACGUCUCUUCCCGGCUGCAAGCGUGGAGUACAUUCAGGGUGCUGGGCACUGGGUGCACGCGGAGCAGACGCAGGAUUUCCUCAAAGCCAUCUGCAGCUUUAUAGAGACAACAUCACAUGAGUAUCCGGCAUAGAGCCCGCCCACGAGGAACAGUGCUACUUUAUCAAUGCUUUGCCGUCACCACAGCUGGAAAGACUUUAUAUGUAUUUAUAUGUAACAAAUUGUUUACAUAAAGGGGUAUUUAUAUUUUAAACUGGUUGACACAACUUGGAUGUAUUAUUAAUUCUGUCAUUUGUUUCUUGUGUCACCUAUAAUAAUGUUAUCUUGGCAUUAGGGAAUAAACCACGCUGGAUUCAUGCGGAAAAAAAACUAGAAGUGGUCAAUUAAAUUUUUUUUAAUUUUCAGAAUAUUUAAA